CACGACGUCGAUCAUCCCGUAAGUUCAACGUUUCUCCCAGUUAUGUUUUUCCGACUUUCUGCGUCGUAGCCCAUAUUCAAUCUAKUUCGUACCGUUUCUUWUCACCCAUUUACCUUGUUCCGUGUCUCACCUYUCGGAUUAUUCUUCCAGGGAGUAUCAAAUAAUCAACUCGUGAAAGAGCAGAAUAGCUUGGCUAUCAAAUAUCACGGAAAAUCUCCUGCCGAGAACCAUUCGAUCAACUUGGCUUGGRCGACUCUAAUGAAACCGGAAUACGGCAAUCUUGUCGAGUGCCUGUGCCCAACUGCCUCCGAAAAAAUGCGCCUGUGGAAACUGGUGGUCAACGCCGUUCUCGCUACGGACAUUUUCGACGAAGAUCUAAAGGAGAGCAGAAAUUUGCGCUGGAAACACGUCUUCAGUGAUUCUAACAACCCAGGUGUCAGCAGCAACAACAGAWUAGAGAUUCAAGAUGGUGUAGAUAAUUYGGAUGCGCUCCGGGUCAUGAUUGUUUUAGAGCAUUUGAUUCAAGCAAGCGAUGUGGCUCACACUAUGCAACACUGGCACGUAUACAUAAAAUGGGUAAGCGUUGCGCUUGGUGUAUAUAGCRCAUGCGAUAGUGUAGUUAUGAAUCUUAUCAAAUUGAUCACAUUGUUUUUUCCACUUCUGUCUCUAAUUUACCCUGUGCUCGCUGUCCAUGUUGAUUGCCAUUACUUCCUGCUCUUAYUUUGAACGCAAAGAAUGAGAGGCUUUUUCACGAAUUGAACGASGCGUAUCGAAACGGAAGAAUGGGCAAGAAUCCUGCAGAGUUUUGGUACCAGGGAGAACUUGGGUUCUUUGAUUCUUAUGUCAUUCCCUUGGCGAAAAAACUGCGAGAGUGUGCUGUGUUUGGGGUGUCGUGUGAGGAGUUUUUGAAUUAUGCGGAAACGAAUCGAAAUGAAUGGGAAGCAAAAGGAGAAGRUAUUGUCGAAGACUACCGACGUCGAUUCCAAAACGAAAAGUCCGAGACUGCCAUUGCACAGAAACAAGAAGCAAGCGGUAUGACAGCUGCCUCUGUUGGUGUAUCGCUACCACAGAUUCGAACACCGGUGGCAGCAUGAAUGACUUUUGAAAUGAGCUUMCUUGGUUUAGCUAUGGGGUGUUCAACCUUAGAAGAUCUAGUCAUGAYAUUGAAAGUAAGAGGGAGCUAGGAACCAAACCAGAAUCUCAAAUAGAUUAUCAUGGAAGUU